AUGAGAGUUCCUAAUUCAAGUUUGCUCUUGGCGCUCUUCCUCUUGACGCCCGACACAAUCAUCCCUUCCCACGCAACAUCAUCCCUUCGAGGUCUCCAAGGAAAACCUUGUUCGACAACCUUUGAAUGUCCACAGCCUGCUUGUAUCGCGUCUCCGUGUCCUGUAAAUUAUUGCGAGAAUGGCGUCUGCGCCAUUAACGUCGACGAGGAAGCUACUGUGCCCGGUGUGUCCGCCCCGUUGCCCCUGACGAGUUGCAGUGAUGACACAUCCUGCGCCCCAAUCCAAUGUUUAAUUCCGCCAUGCGAUGAAAACAAAUGCAUCGGUGGCUACUGCACGCUCCAACCGGCAGAUCGAGAAGACGAUAUUCCAGAAUCAUCCGACAGCAAUAACGCAACCAUUACCACUGGUGGCAUUCCCUGUGGACCAACAACUUGCACUGAUGAUCAAGUCUGCUGCAACGAGUCCUGCGGAAUUUGUACGGAUGAAGUUGGAGUUUGCACCGAUCAGGUAUGUGGUGGCGAUGAUGCAGAUGGUGGAAUACCCGAUGGAGAGGAGGAAGGAGUUGCCUGUGGCACCACAACCUGCCAAGACGGUCAAGUUUGUUGCAAUCCAUCCUGUAGUAUUUGUACCGAAGUGGGCGGUGCUUGUACGUUUCAAUUGUGCCUCGAUGGAGUUGAUGGAAUUGACAAUUCUGUCGGUGAUACGCCAGAAGAUGAUGGAAGCUGGAUCACAGUUUCGCGUGGGGCAUGCGACUGUACAGAACUCUGCUCGGUUUGUCAAGUCAGGUUUGGUAUUUGCAUCAAACUCUAUUGUUUCCCUUAA